UUUAUGCAUUUUGUGGAAAGUUUUCCGGAUAAAAUUUUAUAUUUUUAUAUUAUUGAUUCAUAAAUUUUCUUAAAUGUUAAAGUUUUUAACGUAUAAAAAUAUAAUAUUUUAAUGUAUACAUUAUAUAUAGGUGAAAAAAAAUUUAUCAAAAUAUUACUUGUCCUAAUAAAAUUUGAUGAAAAGUUUUUCUUUGAAAACUAACUAGCGUAAGAAUCAAAACAAAUAUGUUUAUCUCUAACUAUCAAUAAAAAUUAAUUAACAGCUAUCAUGUUUGUUUAGUAUUCACACAUUAUAUAAUUACACUUAAGUUAUAUAAGCAAUCAUCAUUUACAUAGUUUCUUCAAAAGAGUGAAAUAUUUUUUUUCUCAAAUACUUUUCAUCAAAAACUUUUAAAAAGAAAAAAAAAAUAAAAAAUAAAAGAAAUGAGAAAUUAGAAAUUAGUAGAUCAAUUAGAAAACCAAGUGAAGAUAAUUGGUUGGCUCUACAUUUCCGGUGCAUUUGUGUGGGUAAACCACAAACAAUCGUAAAAAUAAUUGGGCCGAUAAGGCCCAGGUUUCAACAAAUGCGAAUAACAAUCCACAUAGUAAAUUAACACAACAACAACAACAAAAAAGCUGCAAAAUAAAUUAUAUGACAAAGAUAGAGUCGUGGAAGCACGUUAGCCUAAUAGUUUAGGUUUAAAUGAUUCUACUCCAGAUUUCGUAGGAUGGUUCAAAUGAUGCAAUUAAGCGUAGAUCUUCAUAAGACAUGUAGUAUUGUAGGUUGUUAAAUCAUCUAUGCAAUUUUUUUCAUAAAUGUAAUAUUAUAAUAAAUGAGCGUUAAAAGAAAAACUAACGAUAAAAAAAUAACUAAGAGAAACGAAUAAAAAACAAGCAGGAAAAUAUCACAAAUUUCCUCUCUUUUUAUUGUCAUUUGGGCUUGGCCCGGUAUCUUUAAUCUAUAUAAAAAUCUUGACGGAAAAAAAAAAAAAAAACUAAUUUGACAAGUUACUACUCAAGUUAGUACCAAAAGGAGUAUGCUAUGUGGUCGAAGAUUGCAAGUGCAAGUAAAUAAGGACAAAAUAAAACCGCCGAACCCCAAAAUUAAGCAAACUUUAUUAGAAGAAGCUAAGCUUAGAGUUAGAGAGAAACGGGAGGCAAUCACUCACUGGACCGAUUGGUUAAAAAGAUCAAAACAAAACUGGAAGAGUUUAUUAUCCUCAUUUAACUACUUAAAAAAGGAAAGACUUCUCCUUUUUCAAGUUAUUAAAUUUGAAGGGGAUCGAUAGAUUCUUCUUUUCUUAGUUUCUGGGUUUUGUCUGAAUCAGAUGAUGAUGGAUGUUGAUAAACCUCCCCAAGAUAUUUCUCCAGCUAUAAUGGAUGCUGAGAUCACAAGAGAGGAGAUAUCACCGAGCCAACACGAAAGAUGGAGAUGCCUUGUGUUAGAUAUAGAGUUGAGAGCACAAGAAGACUCUCAUGGCUCCAAAAGAUUCAACUUCUCUCCCAUGGCAAGUCCUAGAAUCGGUCCUUCCUCUUCUUCAAGAAGAAGAACCAAUCUCAAGAACGUCUUUACCUUCAGAAACCGAAACAACAAUGCAGCAGAUAUUGAGGAAGGUUCGGCUCUGGUGUCUAACAUCCCAAGAACAUGGUCUCUCACCAAUCUCUUAACCCUCCGAAAAUCCAACAAGACAGAGUCUUUACCUGUAACCCCUUUGGUUCACUCCAAUCCUGAGUCAAUGCACGGAAGCUACACCGUUGAUGAUGAUCAAGUCAGAGAGCAUACACUGCCUAUUCGCCGUUCACGUUCUGUCCCAACACUCAUUGAUAAAGAUGGAAAUGCAAAGCCCUUAGGGCUUCUCCGUGUGAUUCCUACUCCAUCUCGGCUAGAUACUAAGACGAGUAAUGAUCAUGAUGGGGGAGAAAAUGUUCCGGAAGAGGAAGCUGUGUGCAGGAUCUGUAUGGUUGAGCUGGGAGAAGAUUCAGAAGCUUUCAAGAUGGAAUGCAUGUGCAAAGGGGAGCUAGCUCUUUCCCACAAAGCCUGCACCAUCAAAUGGUUCACUAUCAAAGGGAACAUAACCUGUGACGUCUGCAAACAAGUUGUUAAGAAUCUCCCUGUGACGCUUCUCCGUGUGGAGGAUUCUUCUUCUCAGGACCGGUCUAGGCGUACGUUAAACCAAUGGCAAGAUGUGCCGGUUCUUGUGAUUGUAAGUAUGCUUGCUUACUUCUGUUUCCUCGAGCAGCUUUUGGUGAUGGAAAUGAAAUCUAGCGCCGUUGCAGUAGCUUUGCCAUUCUCUUGCAUUAUUGGUCUUCUUGCAUCGGUUAUAUCAACAACAAUGGUGAAAAGGAGCUAUGUGUGGAUCUUUGCAACCGUUCAGUUUGGUUUAGUUGUCCUGUUCGGACAUGUUUUCUACUCAGUUCUUAAGCAGCCGGUUGUGUGCAUUGUCUUAGCCACUAUGAUCGGAUUUGGACUCACCAUGUCCGGCACAACGGCUAUUAACGAGCUUUUUAAAUGGAGGAGAAGCCAUAGUCAUCACCAGGAACCAGUAAGCACUCAGGUGGCUCCACCACAGUCUCAGACAGCAGAGUAGCUGUUUGCUGAAAGCUAGUGAUGUCUUGUUGUUUUGGUUAGUAGAAUUAGUUUUAGUUUUAGCUGAAUCCAUUUGUCAAUGUUGUUGUGAUGUAAGAGCAGUUUGAUGCUAUUUUGUGACAUCAUUUAUAGAAUAUUUUAAUUUUAAAUAUGUUUAAUUAUUAAUAUU